GUAUGGAAAUCCUUUAAAUAAAUACAUUAGACAUUAUGAAGGAUUAUCUUAUGAUGUGGAUUCAUUGCACCAAAAACACCAGCGUGCCAAAAGAGCAGUUUCGCACGAGGACCAGUUUUUACGCCUAAAUUUCCAUGCCCAUGGAAGACAUUUCAAUCUUCGAAUGAAGAGGGAUACUUCCCUUUUCAGUGAUGAAUUUAAAGUAGAAACAUCAAAUGAUGUGCUUGAUUAUGAUACCUCUCAUAUUUAUACUGGACAUAUUUUUGGUGAAGAAGGAAGUUUUAGCCAUGGGUCUGUUGUGGAUGGAAGAUUUGAAGGGUUCAUCAGGACUCUUGGUGGCACCUUUUAUGUUGAGCCAGCAGAGAGAUACAUUAAAGACCGAACGUUGCCGUUUCACUCUGUCAUUUAUCACGAAGAUGAUAUCAACUAUCCCCAUAAAUAUGGCCCUCAGGGGGGCUGUGCAGAUCAUUCAGUAUUUGAAAGGAUGAGGAAAUAUCAGUUAACUGGUGUAGAAGAAGUGAUAAAGAAGCCUCAAGAAGAAUAUGCUGCUAAUGGUCCAGAACUCCUGAGGAAAAAACGUACAACUUCAGCUGAAAGAAACACUUGUCAGCUUUUCAUUCAGACUGAUCAUCUGUUCUUUAAGUAUUACGGGACACGGGAAGCUGUGAUUGCCCAGAUAUCCAGUCACGUUAAAGCGAUUGAUACAAUUUACCAGACUACAGACUUCUCUGGGAUCCGUAACAUCAAGUUCAUGGUGAAACGAAUAAGAAUCAACACAACUGCAGACGAGAAGGACUCUACAAAUCCUUUCCGAUUCCCCAACAUCGGUGUGGAGAAGUUUCUGGAAUUGAAUUCGGAGCAGAAUCAUGAUGAUUACUGUUUGGCCUAUGUCUUCACUGACCGGGAUUUUGAUGAUGGUGUUCUUGGUCUGGCUUGGGUUGGAGCACCUUCAGGAAGCUCUGGAGGAAUAUGUGAAAAAAGUAAGCUCUAUUCAGACGGUAAGAAGAAGUCCUUAAACACUGGGAUCAUUACUGUGCAGAACUAUGGGUCUCACGUGCCUCCCAAAGUCUCUCACAUCACUUUUGCUCAUGAAGUUGGACACAACUUUGGAUCGCCACAUGAUUCUGGAACAGAGUGCACUCCAGGAGAAUCUAAAAAUUUAGGACAGAAAGAAAAUGGCAAUUACAUCAUGUAUGCAAGAGCCACAUCUGGGGACAAGCUCAACAACAACAAAUUCUCACUCUGUAGUAUUCGAAAUAUAAGCCAGGUUCUUGAGAAGAAGAGAAACAACUGUUUUGUUGAAUCUGGCCUGCCCAUCUGUGGAAAUGGAAUGGUAGAACAAGGUGAGCAGUGUGAUUGUGGCUACAGUGACCAGUGUAAAGAUGACUGCUGCUAUGAUGCAAACCAACCAGAGGGGAAAAAAUGCAAGCUGAAACCCGGGAAACAGUGCAGCCCCAGUCAAGGUCCCUGUUGUACAUCACAGUGUGCGUUCAAGUCGAAGUAUGAGAAGUGUCGGGAUGAUUCAGACUGUGCCAAAGAAGGGAUGUGUAAUGGUAUCACAGCCCUCUGCCCCGCGUCGGACCCUAAGCCGAACUUCACAGACUGCAACAGGCAGACGCAAGUGUGCAUUAAUGGGCAAUGUGCAGGCUCUAUCUGUGAGAAGUAUGGCUUGGAGGAGUGCACCUGUGCCAGUUCUGAUGGCAAAGAUGAUAAGGAAUUAUGUCACGUUUGCUGUAUGAAGAAAAUGGAGCCAGCAACUUGCGCCAGCACGGGGUCUACGCAGUGGAAUAAGUAUUUCCGUGGUCAAACCAUCACCCUGCAGCCUGGCUCCCCUUGCAACGAUUUCAGAGGCUACUGUGAUGUUUUCAUGCGGUGUCGGUUGGUAGAUGCUGAUGGACCUCUAGCUAGGCUUAAGAAAGCAAUUUUUAGCCCAGAGCUCUAUGAAAACAUUGCUGAAUGGAUUGUGGCUCAUUGGUGGGCAGUGUUACUUAUGGGGAUUGCCUUGAUCAUGCUAAUGGCUGGAUUCAUUAAGAUAUGCAGUGUCCAUACUCCGAGUAGUAAUCCAAAGUUGCCUCCUCCUAAACCACUUCCAGGCACUUUAAAGAGGAGGAGACCUCCGCAGCCCAUUCAGCAACCCCAACGCCAAAGGCCCCGGGAGAGCUAUCAGAUGGGACACAUGAGACGUUGACUGCCGCUUUUGCUGUGGUCCUUCCUAGUGCCUAUAGUGGAAACUCACUCCAAAGAGAACCUAUCAAGUCAUCCCCCCAGCUAACCCUCACACAUAGCAGUCGAAGAAACAAAUGGCAAGAAAGCAUGUCCUCAGCCCAGGUGGAAUUACUUAAAAUUGAAUGCUUGGAAAUUCCAAUUUGGGGGGUGGGGGGUUAGAAAAGGAACCUGGUUUUCUAUGGACAGCUGUUUUUAACCCAGUGGCACAGGCUUAGGGUAUUAGUACGUGCCUAGGUUCCCUGUUCUUCAUUGCUGCAUUUUCUUCACUUGCAGGCAAACUUGGCUCUCGAUAACUUUUAUCACAAAUUGAAAUAUCUCUCUCUCUAUAUUUUUUUCAACUGCCAUUCAAGGCUAGGCGGCUCAGCCACCUCAACAUUGGAGACAUCACUUGCCAGUGUACAUACCUUGUUAUAUGCAGACAUGUAUUUCAUACGUACACUGUACUUCUGUGUGCAAUUGUAAACAGAAAUUGCAAUAUGGAUGUUUCUUUGUAUUAUAAAAUUUUUCCGCUCUUAAUGAAAAAUUACUGUUUAAUUGACAUACUCAGGAUAACAGAGAAUGGUGGUAUUCAGUGGUCCAGGAUUCUGACAUGCUUUACACAGGCAGUUUGAAGUGAGGAUCAAUCUCCCUCUUUCUUACGAUGGAGUUGGUUCUGAUCUUCAUUUUAUUUUUAUCAAGUGGCUGCUAAGAAGAGCACAGGAGUUACUACGCAGAAGAACACAGUCAGGAAGUGUGAUAACUGGACAUAUGCAGCAUACUACUUCAGAAUUAGCUCUUUGUGUCAGUGUCUGAUUUCUGCGUGCUUAUUUUAAACUUUCUGAUUCAAGUCCGUUAUUUGAAUUGGGGGGGAAUUAUUUUCAUGCUUCGCUAGAGAUCAUGUCAAUGAUUCUUUUUAUUUGUAGCCUACUUACUUGUGUUUUCCAUAUACCUAAAGUAUGCUGAUUGUGUUUUUUCCCCUCCUGCCUGAUAGGGAAAAGAAAAGCUGUGUCUUUAUUGUGUCGAGAGAAGAUUUGAACAGUUUCCCCCCCCAGCAUACUAUCACUGGUCAUGGGUAACCACUAAGGAACAGUUCACUCAACUAGGUGAAAUUGUAGAUAGGCCUUCUUACGUUCCCCCUCCCCACCUUAAACUAUUUUAACAGUACUAAAGGUGAAACAGCACAAUGCCCUAUCCCAAAUUUAUUUUUUAAGCUGAUGUAAAUAAUUGGCAUUUUAAAGAAAGAAAGCAAAAGCAUUUAAUGUAUUAACAGGCUUAUUGCUAUGCAGGAAGUGGAAGGGGGCAUUACAAAAAAAUUAAGCUUGUGACGUAUAUAUUGCUUCUGUUUUCCAACUGCAUCCCUUACAUUAGAGUAAACAGCUGUGAUUUUCCUGGCUUUACAUAGGAGACAAAUUUAGGGAAGGUUGAAAAAAUUUCUGUGUUUGGGCUUUUUUUCACCCCUCCUUUUUUUCUUAAGAGUAUAAGGUUUACACAAUCAUUCUCAUAAUGUGACGCAAGCCAGCAAGGCCAAAAAUGCUAGAGAAAAUAACGGGCUCUCUUCCUUGUAAACUUGUACAGUACAUGGUGACUUUUUCAAAAUACAGCUUUUUGUACAUGAUUUAGAGACAAAUUUUGUACAUGAAACCCCAGAUAGACUAUAAAUAAUUCUAAACAAACAAGUAGGUAUAUAUGUAUGUAAUUGCUUUUAAAUCAUUUAAAUGCCUUUUUUUUUGGACUGUGCAAAGGUUGGAAAUGGGUUUGCAUUUCUAAAAUGGUGACUUUUAUUCUGCAAGGGUUCUUAGUAACUUCUCGAGUGUGGUAGACUUUGGAACAUGUAAAUUUUUUGCUUGUAAUGUUAUCCUGUGGUAGGAUUUUGGCAGGUACACACUGCCCUAUUUUAUUUGAGUCUGCGUUAAAUGUUUUCUGAAAAGAGAUAAUGUGCACUGAACUCUUUCCACUGCAGAUCAAGAUGUGGUCAAAGAAAAUGGUCAACAUGAAUGGGAUCUAUUACUACUGUCAGUUUAAUGUCCACUGUGUUUUAUACAGUAUCUUUUUGUUCACUUUGGAAAUUUUUACUAAAAAUUGCAAAAAUAAAAGUAUUGUGCAAAGAUGUAAGGAUUUUUGAAACUUGAAAUGCAUUAAUAAAUAGACUUGAUGAAAUCAA